GAGUUCUUUGUAUAUUUUAAAAACCGAGGUUUGAGCUUAUCGUUCAGCAAUAGUCUUCACAAGGUUGCUUCCCAAGCUUGCCAAGCACCCUUAGCCAGAGAGAGAGAGAGAGAGAGAAAGCGAGAAAUCGUUAACAACGAAUAUUUGAAAGCGAUGAAAGUUCUGAUUAAUCCCGAACCAUUUCUCUCCCCACCAAACUCCAUUUUCCCCAAGAAGCCUGCAUGCAUCACUCGCUUUCAGCUUCGCCCUUUCCCCAACCUCCAUCGCCACCGCUGGAUCAGCCGAAGGCUCUCUUCCACGCCGCCGCCGAGGGCCACGUUGGAUUCUACCACCAUCGAACAAUUCGGGAUUCCCGAGUUCGACGUUCGGAACCCGGCGCUGUCUUCCUCGUAUCGCAGUUCGGCGCUGCCGAGGCCCAACCAGACGGUGCUGGAGGCCCAAGCUAGGGUUUGCACCGGCCCAACCCAGACUCGUCCCCUCGACGAGCAACAAGCCUUCAAGGUCUUCGACACAAUCCUCAGAUCAGCUAGGGGAGAAAUGAAAGAUGAAUAUGAAGUUUCAAAAGCACAACUUGGGGCAUUUUUUGCGGGGAUGACAAUCCGUGCAAAUGCAUUUCCUGAAGCAACACAAUGGAGUGAAGGGGAAACCCGUGCAAUGAAGACAUUUUGGCCACUUCUGGUUAGAGUGCUUCCACCUGAGGUGAUAUUCAUUGCAGAUCCGGAAGGGUUGAUGAUGGGUGUGGGAAGUUCCAUUGGGCCGCAUUAUGUUGGCAAUGGCACCAGCGAGAUGCGAUUGGUUGGUGCUCUUAGGGAGGUGUUGGCUGGUGGCCAUCUUGGAUUUGAGGAAGUGCAAGGUGUGUUAAAGGAUGUCCUUCCCUUCCAAGAGGGCCAUGAAAAGCCCAAGGAAGCAAGUGAGGCUUUACUUUCUGCAUUUUUAAUUGGUCAACGAAUGAACCGUGAAACUGACCGCGAAUUAAAAGCAUACUGCCUUGCAUUUGAUGAUGAAAUUGGCCCAACUCCUGUUGCUGAUGUCAGAUCAUUGACUCAUUAUGGUGAACCUUAUGAUGGUAACACACGCUUCUUCAGGAGUACGUUAUUUGUUGCUGCUGUUAGAUCUUGCUAUGGAGAGUCUUGCUUGCUUCAUGGUGUAGAUUGGAUGGCACCUAAGGGGGGUGUAACUGAGGAGCAGAUGUUGAAGUUUAUGGGGGCAAAUAUAAACUUAUCCCCUGUCAAGGCCAAAAAACUUCUUGAGGACGAUGAAGUUGGGUUUGCUUAUGUAAGUCAGCGUGAAGCUUGCCCGUCUCUCUACUCUUUGAUUGGAAUUAGGGAGCACAUAAAGAAACGCCCUCCACUUGCAUCAACUGAAAAGAUUCAGCAAUAUGUAAAGGCAAGUGGUAAGGAAGCUAUUGUAGCUGGGUUUUAUCAUGAAGGUUAUGAAGAGUCAUUGUUAAUGCUCAUGAAGAGAAGAGGAGUACAUUCAGGUUUGGUAGUGAAGGGAGAGGAAGGGGGCCUCUCAUUGACUACAAGAUUGCGAUCUGCUAAAACAACUAGGGGACCUCCUGUGAACUACUGUUCAGGGUUCCGUGCACUUGAUGUCUCGUCCACAUCUGAACUUGGUGGAGUGACACGUCAAGGUUUUAGUCUCGAAGUAAAUGCCAAGGAGUACGGUUUCCAACCCACAGACACACCAAGAACUGAUAGAUCUGUUUCAAAGAACAUUGAAUUUGGUUUAUCUGCUCUCUUGGGAGAAAAAGGACCAGCAUAUGAUCGAAUUGUCUUGAAUGCUGGAGUUGUGGAUCACUUGCUUGGAGUUGAUGGUGCAGAAGAUAUAUCUGCUGCACUGGAUAGAGCUAGAGAGGCCAUCGACAGUGGUAAUGCUCUAAAACGACUUCUAAACUAUAUCAAGGUCUCCCACAAGAUGGGUUGAAUUUUUUAAGCAUCGCAAAAUACCUUACCUUUACAACGUGUUGAUGAGAGAUUAAAAUACCUUAAACGGGUCCCCAUCUUGAUCCAAGUAAUGAAAAUGAAAGAAAGAAAAAAUUGGAGAGACAUCAGUUUUUUUUUACAGUUUUGAGGAUUUGAUUCGUAUAACAAUCUCCAACAUGCUUAGAAAGACAGAUAGCUUCGUUAUACUAAUAGACAAAUGCUAAACCGUGUGCUUAGGACACUAGUUAAAAAAUUAACAGGGAUUUUUUUAAUUGGAAUA